CUGUAGCACGUCACUGGGGGCUGUGUGUUAGUGUGUGUGUGUGUGCAUUCACUGGUGAAAGCGAUUGCCAUGAAGCCUCUGGACAAUGAGCCAAAUGCUCCGUGGCUCUGGAGACGCGAGCCUGGAUGAGGGCGACACUGUGGACUACUACGCUUGGUUUUGGCUGGGAAAGUGACCGACGGAGGGUGGUAUGGAGCAAGAUGUCCGCCGCCCACUUACUAAAGCACACUCCAGCUAUAGCAGCCUCUACUGCCAGUGACCAAAAUGCACAAACUCCAUUUCCCAGCGGACCCCUGGGCUCCAAAGACCAGAUCCGUGUCCUCUGUGGCGGGCAGACCAAUCACUGCAUGGCCCACGCCAAGCACCACAGGGUGGGUGAGGCGGGCACCAGCUCGGGCAGCCUCAGCCCCUGUGCCCCCUCGUCACCCCUCAACAAUGAGGAGGACGACGGAGGGGGCGGGCGACGGGCAAAGAAGAAGCGAAAGAAAAAAGACAAGAGGGGCGAGCUGGGCGGUGCCUGGCAGCAUAGGGGCUCGGAGGACACCAAACCAAAGAAAAAGAGGGAGCUGAAAGAGGAGAAGGAGCUGCUCCCACGCAAGUCCAAGGAGCCCAAGAAGGCAAAGGAGGUCAAGAAGGCAAAGGAGGUCAAUAUAGUCAAGGUGGUGAAAGAGGUCAAAGUGAAGGAGAUAAAAGCACCCAAAGAGGCGCCAAGAGAAGUGAAAAGAGGGAGAAAGCCUAAACCCAAGGGCCAAGUGCAAGCCCUACCCCCGGCCCCCACAGAAUGUAAGAAUGCCCCCACUCCUCCCAAACAGAGGGGCCGCAAACCCAGAGAGCAGGUCCUCCAAGGGCCGGUCCCAGUGGAGAAGAAGAAAAAGGGCAAGAGGAAAUGCGAGGCAGUCCUCCAGGAGGCCGGAGAGAGUGAUGAUGCGGCCUCUCUGUCUGCGCUGGCUGUGGGAGGAGAGGAGAGCAUCGACCCUCUUGACAGCACGAAGCGCCGCUCGGGGAGACAGGUGAAACGCAGAAAGUACAACGAGGACCUGGACUUCAAGGUGGUGGAUGACGAUGGGGAGACCAUCGCUGUGCUUGGGACGGGCCGUAUCCCUGCCCUCAAUGCUGCCACUCUCGCCUGGCAGGCUGAGGAGCCCCCUGAAGAUGAGGCAAACAUCAUUGAGAAAAUCCUGUCGGUUCGAACCGUGAAGAAAGAGACAUCCCCUGAGGAGGCACCUGAGGAGUCGGAGGAAUUCUAUGUCAAGUACAGAAAUUUCUCCUACCUGCAUUGUAAAUGGGCAACUAUGGAGGAGUUGGAGAAGGACCCUCGCAUCCCACAGAAAAUCAAGCGCUUCAGGACAAAGCAGGCCCAGAUGAAGCAUAUAUUUGUUGAGCCGGAUGAAGACCUCUUUAACCCUGACUACAUAGAAGUGGAUCGAGUUCUGGAGGUGGCCAUCACGACAGACACAGAGACAGGAGAGGAGGUGACACACUACUUGGUCAAGUGGUGCUCCCUGUCCUACGAGGAGGCUACAUGGGAGUUGCAGGAAGAUGUGGAUCCUGUAAAGAUUCGGGAGUUUGAGGAGAUCAGGAGAGUCCCUGAAUUUAAAUUUGUGGAGCGACCGCAGCCAGAGAAGUGGCAGAAGAUGGACAAGUCCAAAGACUACCGGAACGGCAACCAGCUGAGGGAGUACCAGCUGGAGGGCAUGAACUGGCUGCUUUUCAACUGGUACAACCGGAAGAACUGUAUCUUGGCUGAUGAGAUGGGCCUGGGAAAGACCAUCCAGUCCAUCACGUUUCUUUACGAAAUGUUCUCCAUGGGCCUGCGGGGGCCCUUCCUCAUCAUCGCCCCUCUGUCAACAAUUACCAACUGGGAGAGGGAGUUCCGCACCUGGACGGAGAUCAACGUAAUUGUUUACCACGGCAGUCAGAUCAGCCGUCAGAUGAUCCACCAGUAUGAGAUGUACUACAAGGACCAGCAAGGGAACAUAGUCUCUGGUGGAUACAAGUUCCAUGCAGUGAUCACAACCUUUGAGAUGAUCAUGGCUGACUGUCCAGAGCUGAAGAAGAUUCACUGGCGCUGCGUUGUCAUUGACGAGGCCCACCGCCUCAAGAACCGCAACUGUAAACUCCUGGAGGGCCUCAAGCUCAUGAACCUGGAACACAAGGUUCUUCUGACAGGCACCCCCCUGCAGAACUCAGUGGAGGAGCUCUUCAGUUUGCUCAACUUCCUGGAGCCCCUACAGUUCCCAUCAGAGACCCUCUUUCUGGAGGAGUUUGGCGAUCUAAAGACUGAGGAACAGGUGAAGAAGCUGCAGGCCAUUCUGAAGCCCAUGAUGCUGCGACGGCUGAAGGACGAUGUGGAGAAGAACCUGGCGCCCAAGGAGGAGACCAUCAUUGAGGUGGAACUCACCAACAUGCAGAAGAAGUACUAUCGUGCCAUCCUGGAAAAGAACUUCACCUUCCUGGCCAAGGGGGCCAACCAGCACAAUAUGCCCAACCUCAUCAAUACCAUGAUGGAACUCCGCAAGUGCUGCAACCACCCCUAUCUGAUCAAAGGUGCGGAGGAGAAAAUCCUGGAUAGCUUCAGGAAGACGCACAGCCCCGAUGCCUGGGAUUUCCAGCUCCAGGCUAUGAUCCAGGCAGCAGGGAAGCUGGUAUUGAUUGAUAAGCUGCUGCCCAAGCUGAUCGCCGGGGGACACAAGGUGCUGGUCUUCUCCCAGAUGGUGCGCUGCUUGGACAUCCUGGAAGACUACCUCAUCCAGAGGAGGUACACCUAUGAGCGCAUCGACGGCAGAGUGCGGGGGAACUUACGGCAAGCGGCGAUCGACAGGUUCUGUAAGGUGGACUCGGACCGCUUUGUGUUCCUGCUGUGUACCCGCGCCGGAGGCCUGGGCAUCAACCUGACUGCUGCAGACACCUGCAUCAUCUUUGAUUCGGACUGGAAUCCGCAGAAUGACCUACAGGCCCAGGCCCGCUGCCAUCGUAUCGGUCAGAGUAAAGCAGUGAAGGUGUACAGGUUGAUCACUAGGAACUCCUACGAGAGGGAGAUGUUUGACAAAGCCAGUCUAAAGCUGGGUCUGGACAAGGCAGUGCUGCAGGAUAUCAACCGAAAGGGCAGCCUGAAUGGGGCACAGCAGAUGACUAAGAUUGAGGUGGAGGACCUGCUAAAGAAAGGGGCGUAUGGAGCGCUGAUGGAUGAGGAGGACGAGGGCUCCAAGUUCUGUGAGGAGGACAUUGACCAAAUCCUGCAGCGCCGCACCCAAACUAUUACCAUCGAGACAGAGGGAAAGGGCUCCACCUUCGCCAAGGCCAGCUUUGUGUCUUCUGGAAACAGAACCGACAUUUCCCUGGAUGAUCCCAACUUCUGGCAGAAAUGGGCCAAAAUAGCAGAGUUGGAGAUUGACUCCAAAGCAGAGAAGGAGAGCUUGGUGAUUGACACGCCUCGUGUGAGGAAGCAGACACGUCACUACAACUCGUUCGAGGACGACGAGCUGAUGGAGUUCUCUGAGUUGGACAGCGAUUCCGAAGAGAGGCCUUGUCGCACCCGCCGCCUCAGCGAGAGGAACAGGCGCUAUCUUCGCGCAGAGUGUUUCCGCGUAGAGAAGAAUCUGCUCAUAUUCGGCUGGGGCCGCUGGAAGGACAUCCUGACCCACGGGCGCUUCAAGUGGCAACUGGCCGAGCGUGACAUGGAGGUGCUCUGCCGGGCACUGCUGGUUUACUGCGUGCGCCACUACAAGGGCGACGACAAGAUCAAGAGCUUCAUCUGGGACCUCAUCACACCCGCCAAGGACGGCCAUAAACAGGACCUGCAGAACCACUCUGGCCUCUCUGCCCCAGUGCCUCGGGGGCGUAAGGGUAAGAAGCUGAAGAACCAGCUGAGUGUGCCUGAGAUGAAGCAUGCAGACUGGCUGGUUAACUGCAACCCAGAGGUGGUUCUGCACGAUGACAGCUACAAGAAACACCUCAAGCAACACUGUAACAAGGUACUUUUAAGGGUGAGGAUGCUGUACUACUUGAAGGCAGAGGUCCUGGGAGAGGCGGCUGCCCAGUCCCUGGAGGGCAUCACUGCCAGUAAACUGGAGGUGGCCCUGCCUGACAUCGACUACAUCGAGAUCCCAGCAGCCUGGUGGGAUGCAGAGGCGGAUAAAUCUCUCCUCAUAGGAGUACACAAACACGGGUACGAGCGAUACAAUGCCAUGCGGGCCGACCCAGACCUGUGCUUCUUGGAACGGGUGGGUAUGCCUGAUGUCACAGCGCUGUCAGCCGAGCAGGGUGGAGGGGAGGUAGUGGCUGACCCCACUGACAGUGUUUGUAAAAGUGAUGACUUAAAAGAUGAUCCUGAAAACAAGCCAAAGGAGGGAGGACUGGAAAACAAGGAUAUGCCCCCAAGUUUAGUCUCUACAGUAGAGGAACGCUUGUCAACUCUCAAACAGGGCAGAUCAAAGGAUGAAACCAGCUCCAGCAAUGAAGCAAUGGACAAACAUAACAGUGUUGUUCAGGAUACUCUCUCUGUGGAGAUGGUCCAGGAGGGGCUCGGCCAGGAGAGGUUUGGCCAGGAGGCAACAGAGCUGCAGGUUCGCCCACUCUGGCCUGCUGGCCCUGCCCUCACCGCAAGGCUGCGUCGCCUCAUCACAGCUUACCAACGCUUCACGCGCCGCGAACCCCUGCGUCAUGACUUCCUUCUGCCCGAUGGGCUGGUGGCUGGCCCGGGGCCGAUGUCAUGGCAGCUUGGGGAGGAGCUUAGGCGCUGCACAGCAGCUGCCGCUGAACCUGAUCCUCUCUUCCUGGAGUGGCAGAGAAGGUGGGUGAUGAUGUCAGAGCAAAGAUGGACGCGGCGCGAACAAGCCGAUUUCUACCGUACUGUGUCUUCAUUUGGCGUUAUGUACGACCCGGAGAAGAAGAGCUUUGACUGGACUCAGUUCCGCUCCUUUGCCCGGCUGGAGAGAAAGACUGACGAGAGCCUGGAGAAGUACUUCAGUAGCUUUGUGUCCAUGUGCCGCACUGCCUGCAGAUUGCCCCCUAGGAAGGAUGAAGGGCCUCUGGACCACAGUCUGUUUAUGGAGCCCAUCACGGAGGAGCGAGCAGCACGAACUCUCUACCGCAUCGAGCUGCUGCGCAAGAUCAGAGAGCAGGUGCUGCGCCACCCACUGCUUGGCCCCCGGCUGCAGCUUUGCCGGCCAAGCCUCUACCUGCCCGUGUGGUGGGAGUGCGGCAAACAUGACCGUGACCUCUUGAUUGGGGCGGCUCGCCACGGCCUGAGCCGCACUGACUACUACAUCCUCAACGACACCCAGCUCUCCUUCCUGGAGGCCCACCGGAACUAUGUCCAAAAAGAAAAUCACCAAGCCUACCACCCCGGGGUGCACCACAUCGGCUUGGCCCCCUCACCGCACCACCACCCCUGCUGCCUGUACGAGACGGGCCUCAGCCACUGCCCCUCUCCCCAGCCACCUGAGUACCACCACCCGGCCGCCCCCUCCCCCUCCUCCAUCCACGCCCACCCGCACAUCCAUGUCCCCAGUCACCCACAGGACAUGGUGGGGGCGGAUCACGGCGGUGGUCUGGGUAUGGUUUCCGGGCCCAGGGAGGGCUUCCUGGACUGCCCCUCUCUGGACGAUUCUUUGGAGCUGGCUUCGCUGCAGCACGAGGUCCUGGUCUCGGACUCCCUCCAUGGCAAGUCCACCAAGGAGGCCUUCAACGGGUUCCCGUUUAACUCGGCGCAAGGCGGCCAGAGCAUGCUCAACUCGUACGGCGUACAGGGUGGGCUGAACAGUGAGCAGCCAGGAGACAUGGACCCAAUCAUCUCAGGCAAGCUGCGCAGUGACGUGCUGGUCGGCGAGCAGGGCUCCUCAGAGGAGACAGGCCUCAUGGCGCCCUCGCUGGAGCUGGACCAGGAGCUGCAGGCACCUUGGGAGAGCGCGGACCACGCCGGCGCCGCAGACGUGGACAUGUUCAACGAGGCUGACCCCAUCCUGGGGGCACCCACCCUGGAGACGGAGUUCCUGGAUGCAGAGGAACCAGCAAGUGAUGGCGGAAGGGAUACGGAGGCAGGGGGAGCACUAGAUGACUGCCUAGGUAUCCCCUCCUCCCGGAGCAACCCAGGAGAGCCGCUAGCCUCCAGUUUCAUGCUGUUCAAGGAUAUCGGCGUGAGCGAGGAGGAGCCUGCCCAGAACCACAACGACCUCUCUGCCAGCCCCCCUCCCCCCUACGUGCCACCUCCGCCCCUGACGCUGUCACAUAUGACUCUGCACCACCACAACAUUGAGGAGCCAGAGGACAAGCAGAGCGACUUGAACGUAGGUUCCCUGGCAGGUGGCGGGGAGGCAGAAAGUGAUGCAGCUUUUGACUUUAACAAAGAUGGGAUGUCUGGGGACAGUCCAAGUCUGGUGGGGCCUGACCAAGGCCUGGAGGCCUUAUGUGAACCAUACGUGGACCCUGCCCAGGAGGAGCCAUGUGAAGGGUCUUGCAACAGUACAGGGAUGGGCUCGCCAACGGAUCCAUGUGAGGUAGCUCUAGAGGGACCAGAGGAGCCAGGGGAAGACGCUUUAGAAAGGGACUCGUCCAUAGGGCCAGGGGACGAGGGGAUCCUUGAAGGACAAGUUGAGGAGCCCUUACAGAUAUCUCCCAUGGAUCCCCGGGAAGAGGAACCAGAGGAGCACCAUCUGGAAGACGAACGGCCAGCACCAGAGGGACUGUUUGCAGUCCCCUUGGUGGACCAGUAUGACAUGGGACCAGAAGGGGCCGCUGAAGCAGAGAGCACUUUCAGCGAACGCACACUUGUGUCUGUUCAUCGCACGACACACUCACCCUCUCUUCCGCCAUCCCGCUUGGUCCCCGUGCCCCAGCAACCGCUGUCGCCACGCGUGGCGGGAGUGGCACAGAUCAAACUGGACUUCCCUCUGGACCCACAGAGUUCAGAGAGCCAGUCAGACAUACUGGAGCCUGACAGCACUGUCCUAACACCCAAACUGGAACAGACAGAGGUUCUGCUGGAAGUGAAGGAUGAGAUCAAGGAGGAGAAGCUCCAAACUCCAGCUUCAGGGGUGGACAGCUAUGCGGAGGUGGCUCGAUUUGCACCUCCCAUGUCGAUGUGUGAGAUGCCUGACAGUCUGCAGGACACUCGAGAGCCCACCAUCGCCCAGCUGCUCCAGGAGAAAGCACUAUAUUCCUUCUCGGAGUGGCCAAAGGACCGGGUAAUCAUCAACCGCCUGGACAGUAUCUGUCACGCCAUCUUGAAGGGGAAAUGGCCCUCUUCCAGCCAGCAGUAUGACUCUCCCAGCUCCCUGGCCAACAACAGUGGCCCCAACAGUCUCCACCAGAGGGCCGGCUACCUCUCGGCCAGGGUGCAGCCACCUCUUAACUUCAACAUCCCAGCCCCUCCUCUCACCCGCCUGCCCAAGUACAAGCAAAGAGGUGCCGGCGAAUGCAGCCGCGGAGGCUGGAGGUUGACAUCCUUGCCUCUGUUGCAGGAGAGGCUGAUUGCGCCGCCCUAUCUGCCUGAGUUGAAGCGGGGCAGGAGGGCAUUUGAGUAUGAGGCUGAGGCGCUUGGCAAGCAGAGCCACACAGGGGAGAAGAUGCCUGUAAAUGUGCCACCCAGAGGCGGGGAACUCCUGCUCAACGGCUGGCAGGAGGCGGCCAUGGACCUCUCCAAGCCCGGGGAUCUAAGCAUCGGGGGCGAACCGUCAGCAACCGUCGGCCACAUGAGCCACCAGGUCCACCCUGGGGCCCACAAAGUGUCUGGCAUGGGGUCCAUGCAGAACGCCAUGCAGAACCCAGUGGGCAUGGACAUGGCCGGGAUCCUGCAGGCAGGUCUCAUCCACCCGGUCACCGGACAAAUUGUCAACGGCAACCUGAGACGUGACGACGCCAUCAUGCGCCGGCGAAGAGGCAGACGGAGAAACGUGGAUGCGGUCGACAUGGGCUUUGUCAAGAGCAGAGGAAUGCACAUGCCGGAGCAACAGGGCAGAGUAGAAGUCAUCAGCCAUUCCGCAGUUUCAUCCACAUCUUCUCCACCGGAGCGCUCCCCUGGAACCUCCACGCCAACACAGCCAGAAGUUGUGGCCAUCGACCGAGUGGCUCCCAACAAGGGCCUAAUGGAAUGGCUGCGACAGAAUCCCAACUACAAUAUGGAAGUGCCCACUUUUGCACCGUCUCCAGGCACAGCGAUGCUGCACAGCCUUGUGGAACGGCCAAAGCAGCGGAGGCAUCGUUGUAAAGACCCUACCAAGUUAGACAUCAACUCUUUAACCGGGGAGGAGAGGGUGCCCGUCGUCCACAGGAGCACUGGUCGCAGGCUUGGGGGUGCAAUGGCCCCAGCGAUAAAGGAGCUUUCACGAUGGCUGGACGCGAAUACAGAGUACUGCGUGGCACCCGACUGGGCAGAUGUAGUGAAACACUCAGGCUUUCUUCCUGAGGGCAUGUUCACCCGCAUCCUCACCGAGCCGGUGUGCCGUGAACAAGGGCCUCGUCGUCGGGGCCGCCGUCCCCGCAGCGAGAUGCCUAAGCCGCUUCUCUCGGAGUCGCCCAUGGGCCCGCUCUUCAUGAACAGUGGCCUGAUUGGCAGCAUGGACCUAGUCAGCCUCCAGAACCUCCGCAACAUUCAGGGCAUCCCGCUGUCUGGCCUGAUGGGAUUCCCACACGGCUUUGCUGUUUCCACGGGCGAGGAUUCCAAAAACGGCCUGAGCAUGCUACCCAUGAUGCUUCACGGUAUACAUGGGUCCCCCCACAUGUUCAGUGUCCAGGGCCUGAUGGGGCAGCCGCCCACUGGCUCCACACCCGCGACCUCCCCUUCCUCCUCCUCAGUGGCCACAGUUACCACCACCACGGCCUCUUCCUCCUCUGCAGCCAGCAGCCCCUCCCGAGGCCCAGUCCAGACUUCCUCGAACGUGGGGGCCGAGGGCUCUGGCGGGCAGUCCUACGUGGAGAGAAAAAGGGAGGACAAGCAUUUGGCGGAAGGGAAGCAGCAAAGCGCUAUGGGCAACCACAGCAUCGCUGCCAUCACCACAGUGGCAGCCAACUGCGGCGGUAGCGGUGUCAGCAGUAGCAGCGGCAGCCAUCUUGCCUUCAACCCUUUCCUCAUCCCGGGGAUGUCCCACGGACUACUGUACCCCCACAUGUUCCUACCACAUGGGGGGAUCAUGGCGCUGCCCGGCAUGCCACCUGCAGACUCCUCCGGCAGCCCCAAGCGGAAGAAGAAGAGAACGAGAGAGGAAGGGGAGGCGGGCAGCUGUGUGCAGACGGACAACGAGCCCCCGGAAACACCCAGCGACGGUCAGACUGAGGAGACUGUUGACCAGACUGGGCCUGUGGUUGGCCAGCAGAUGGAGGACUGUGUUCAGGAGGAGGAACACCAGGUCCAAGCUUCUCCUAAAGUAAUCCCUGAGAAGAACAUUGAUAAGGAGAGAGGAGCACGGGAGAACAUGGCAGUGGAGGAGCAAAAACUGCUUGAAGAAGAGAGAGAGUUAAGGGGGUCAGAGGAUUCGCAAUAGUCCUCUUCUCCCUCCUCUUUCUGAACGUGCAACAGUGUAAACUUUGUGGUGUGUAAGUUAAUGUUUAUGUAAAGACUUUUAAUAUCCACUUAUUAAUGUUUAUAGAGCUCCUGCCCUGUAGCGAACUAUGUGAUUAUCUUAUACUGUAUAUCGCCACACAUGCUUCAUUUAAGAACAUGAGAGAACUAUUAAAAGAGAUGGACACUCCUGCAUGCAAACACACACUUGCAAACAACAGUAGGGAGGAAUUACUGUACUGAGCGGUGUUAAAUGGUUAUAACAGAUUCAGCAUCUAGACGUCUGCAGCAUCAUAAAUGUGGCACUUAAGAUGCCUGGUAUGUCCUGGUGGCAAAAAGGUCAAGUCGGGGAAGGGUUGAGGUCAAUUCUUUAGUUUCAAUUAUUGAAUUUAAUUUAAAUGGGCUGUAUUGAAUUUAAUUAAAAUGGGCCACAACCUACUGGAAACAGAUUUUAAUUUAUUUUGAAUUAAUGGAAGAAUGUAAUUCAAUCAAAUUCAGUGGCUUAUUCAUUCCAUGAAUAUAAAUGUUUAUUUUGAAAUCAUCUACAUAUACCGUGUAACCUGAAGUUUGAACAUUUAAUUGUUUUAUCUCCAUCUCCUAAAACCAUUAAUAAUAGCAUUCUUCAAAUAUUAUAAGAUCAUGUUUUGGGUUUUUUCUAAUAAAUGAUUCCUAAUUCCAUUUAUUUUAUCAAAAGAUAUGUGUUUUCCAGUGUGCUUCACGUCAAAUAUAUGUUAUAAACCAAGGUAAAAUGUAAAAUAGGUGUUAUAAUUUCGAAAAUAAUCUUUGUAAAAUGAAUGUUUGAACUCAGUUGAACUAAUUCAAUUAUUCAAAUGUGAUUCACACUCUGCUUCUUAUAGAUUGUGGCCAAUUCCAAUUAAGUAAACAGUCAGUAUUUUUAUUAAAUUCAGAAAAUCCAAAUUGACCUCAACCCUGCUGGGAGCCUUUUGACUGAGAAGAAGGAAAAUAGUUUUUCCUACCAAACAUGUGGACGGCUAAGAGGAAGCUGAAGGCUAAAAGGCAGCUACAGUAUGGAGUAUAAUGUAGGCCUGGGUUGUGUUCAUUAGGCUCCACGCUGAAAACAUAAAACCUCUAGCACAGGAAAAGGAAAGUAAGUGUUUCUUAUCGGUCCAGGCUGUCCCCCUCUGUCUGUUUCAGUAGUUUCUGUUUUAUUAUUAUUAUUUGGUGUUUUAUGGACACAACCCAGACUGCUCUAGCUGUUCAUGGACUAUGGUCAUCUCAGUUUCAUUGAUAGUGUUAACAGUGUUAUUUGAAUAUCUCCCUACAGUUGUUUUUCAACCACCCAAAAAUACAAUUAAAGGCAAUUUUAAUUGAAAGUCCUUCCAAAUUUCUACUACAAUAAUUAAUAUAGGUUAUAUAAUUUUUCUUAACAAUGCAUGCACGGUAGCUUGCAGCUCCAAAUUUGCAGCUAAGAAUUUCCCUAUAGGACGCUUUUCAUCCAUCCCUAUCUGGUUUGUCUUGAUGUUGCUGCUAUGUAAACAUUAAAGGAAAGUAGACAGAAAAAAUUUAUAACGGCACUAGAGUAAAAAAUGAUGUACUGUAUAAGUUAACCAAUCUAGUGAACACAUGUUGAGUACAAUAUUAACUCAAGAGAACCAACAAUGACUGCUUAAAACUGAAAGCAAAGAACAAUCCAGAGUUUUGAUAAUGCUUUUUAGAAAUGUAUUCUCACACAGUCACUUUUAAAGACGCCCUUUUAUUCCCAGUGACACUGAGACUGCUUGUCACGUUACUAGUGUAUGUUGGGACGUGGUCAGCUUUGCCAGAGAGAGCAGUGAAGAGGUGCCAUAAAAAGUCUCUCAAAGAGGGCUCUGUUGAGAGACCUCAACCAGUGAGGGACAAGCAGACAUAGAGGACGUAAAUAAGAAAAGUGUGUGUGUAAAGUAAAAUAAACUAUCUGUCCAUUCCCAUCAUCUGUCUGUCCAGUGAUAAGGAAAAUUUAGUAGUUUGAUCCCAGAGAUACUGUAUUUAAAGCAGUGGCAGAGUGCCUCAUUUUGUUGAAAGGUUUGUGGUCUCCAGUUCUCUCCUCAGAUGCAUUUUAAACCCUGUGUAGACUACGUCAUACUAAGGAUUUAAAAAAAAAUGUAAAUCUAUUUAGCUGUAUAUUGCUGUUACUUUGUUUACAAGCACACCACAUUUUUAUUUCUCCAGUAUGUCGCUCAACAUUGGGGGAAUUGGCAAAAUCAGUACCAGUGUUUCUUAUAAAUUACUGUACUGUUACAAUAUACACUACAUGGAUGAAAACUUUUAUUUUACUGUUAGUUUCACAACAGGGUCUGUUUUUGGGGGCUUAUUGUUUUAGACUUCGCUUCUCAGCGUAACAACUUUUGACGUCACUCUUGUUUGUUUUCUAAUAUGAAAAUAUUUUUUGCACAGUGUCCUUUUGGUGAAUGUUUAUGUGUGCCUGUAUUCUGUCUAUUAAUCUUUUAUUUGUGUGUGUGUAUUUGUGCAUGCAUGCGCACACUUACACACAGCAGGCCACGAGGGACAUUCUGUUGUACCUGUUGUCUUGCUCUGUUGCUCUAGUGUCACCUUUCUUUGUUGAAAGACAUGUUAUUGUUGCCUUGUCACAACUUGUGACUAUAAUUUAUUUGUUUUGCUUUGCCAAACUUUCACCAAAUAUGACAUUAUUUUUCUUUCAACUAGUCGAUUAUAUUAAAAGUAAAAUGCCUUAUUUAGCUAGUGUUUUAUAUAGAGAUUUUUUUUACAUCUCCAUAAUGGAAAUUAUCUAUCAAAGGUAUUUUGUUUAUUUUGUUGUACAUGCCCUUCAGUUUUAUGCAUACAUGCCUUGGUAAUGUGCAAAACCUAGAUUUGGACAUUUGGUUGUAUCAGUCACUGCACUGUUAUGGGGUAAUCUUUCAAAGUUAUCUUUAUAUUCUAACUCGCUCCAAAUAGUGACUCAAUCAAUUAUACCAAGCAUAAAAUGGAGAGCAACUUAUUACUAUCAGGUGCCUCUAAAAUGUGGUCCAACAAUUUCUCUAAUUUGUCAAAUUAACAUUGAGUACAUGUAUGUAUAAUUAAUCAAGGCAGAAGUCACUAACACAGGAACACCUCUCAACUACUUCUCUCAUCUAAUAGAAUCAAUGUGAAGGCUGUCAUGAAAUUCCUGAUUGAUCAGGUCUUUUUAGUCUACCCUUGUUUCACUCAAAUGACAAGCUUGUCACAUACAGUGGAUUUAAAAUGUCUACACACCCCUGUUAAAAUACCGGUUACUUAUGAUGUAAAAGAAUGAUAAGAUA